UUUAAUUGAAUUAAGUAGGAAACAAGGAGAAGAAAAGACACGGAAAAAAAGAGGAAAGGAUAAGCUUCCAAUGUACUUGCGUUCACCUUUCAUGGUUGAACAUGAAAAACUUUUCAAGAAUGUGGACAAUAGAAAGGUAGCUGAGUAUGCGUUUGCUCAAGGAGAUAAUAAGGAGCUUUUGUAUGCUGAUAACAUGGGGACAACGAUUACGAGAGAUGAGAUUCAUAGUCUCAUAGAAGAUAAGCACAUGUUGAACAAUGUUGUGGAUGCUUAUGUUUGCCUAUUGAAUUUUGAAAAUAAAAGACGUGGUGUAGACAAGAAGAGUAGAUUCUUUUUCAGUACUGAAUGCUAUCUCAUAUGUUGUACAGAAAAAUACUUCAAAUCAAAUGAAAGGCAAGAUGAUAGAAUGAAGGCUUUGUUUGAUAGAAUGCAGCAAGAAAUGACAACGACCGGAGUAACAAGCUUCAAAAGCAUUCAAUUGGUUUUCUUCCCGGUCGUUUUACCAGAUCACUACUAUUUGCUGUGUGUCAACUUUGUGGAAGGAACAUUUGAUUUGAUUGACAACAUAUUUCUUCCACCAAAUAUUCCUUUUCACAAUAAAUAUGGAAAUUACCAUAGAUUAAUGUUGAAUGCAUUUGCUGAUUUCGUUCACUCAAUUGACUCAAAUAUAAAGAGUGACUUUGUAUCCUCCUUCAAAACAAGAAACUUGAGUAUGUCAUGGAAGAGCAAUAAGAACAAACAUGAUUGUGGAGUGUUCCUGUUGAAGCACAUGGAAACAUAUGAAGGAGAAUCUGUAAAACAAUGGAAUUCGGGACUAGAAUUAGACAAUUUUGACCAAAUGAAAAAAUUAAGAGUGGAGUAUUGUGGGAAGAUAAUAACAGCAGAAGUAAAUGAAGAACGGAACAAAGUGAUUAGGAGAUCAAAAAAGUGGUCAAAGGAGAACAAAAUGGAUAUAUGAUUGUUAAGAUCUUAAGUUUAUAUUUGUAGAGAGAUAUUUGCAAAGAAUAUAACAGUAAUUUUUUAUGUUCUAUGUAUUUACCUGUUACAAGAAAUAUAUUGUUGAAUCAUAUUAAAUGCUAAAAUUUUAAUAUAAAAU